AGGAAAGUAACCCCACACAUACACACACUCAAACCUUAGACAAAAGAAGAAGAGAAGAUUUGUAUGUAAGGAUGCCUGUACAAGCCCCACAAUGGACAGAGUUUCUGCUGUGUCCCAUCUGCACCCAAACCUUCGAGGAGACCAUCCGCAAGCCCAUCAGCUUGGGCUGCGGCCACACCGUCUGCAAGAUGUGUCUGAACAAGCUGCACCGCAAGGCCUGCCCCUUCGACCAGACCGCCAUCAACACCGACAUCGAGCAGCUGCCCGUCAACUCGGCCCUGCUGCAGCUGGUGGGAGGACAGGUGCCCAAGCAGCAGCCGGUGGCCCUGCUGACCUGCGCUGAGGACGUUGAGCACUAUGAGGAGUCUUGCAUGAGCGUGGAGGAGCUGGCGCUCUACCUCAAACCGCUCAGCAGCACGCGAGGUGUGGGGGGUCUGAACAGCACCGCACAGAGCAUGCUCAGUCGGCCCAUGCAGAGGAAGCUGGUUACGCUGGUGCACUGUCAGCUGGUGGAGGAGGAGGGGCGUAUCCGCGCGAUGCGGGCGGCCCGCUCUCUGGGGGAGCGCACUGUGACCGAGCUCAUCCUGCAGCACCAGAACCCCCAGCAGCUCUCCUCCAACCUGUGGGCUGCCGUGCGCGCCCGCGGCUGCCAGUUCCUCGGCCCAGCUAUGCAGGAGGAAGCCCUGAAGCUGGUUCUGCUUGCACUGGAGGACGGCUCCGCCCUGUCCCGGAAGGUUCUGGUUCUGUUUGUGGUGCAGAGGCUGGAGCCUCGCUUUCCACAGGCCUCAAAGACCAGCAUUGGACACGUGGUGCAGCUCCUGUACCGGGCCUCCUGCUUCAAGGUGACGAAGAGGGACGAGGACUCGUCCCUGAUGCAGCUGAAGGAGGAGUUCCGCACCUACGAGGCGCUGCGGCGGGAACACGACUCGCAGAUCGUGCAGAUCGCCAUGGAGGGGGGCCUGCGCAUCGCCCCGGACCAGUGGUCCUCCCUGCUGUACGGAGACCAGUCCCACAAGUCCCACAUGCAGUCCAUCAUCGACAAGUUGCAGACGCCAGCAUCAUUUGCUCAGAGUGUUCAGGAGUUGACCAUCGCGCUUCAGAGGACCGGAGACCCCGCUAACCUCAACCGACUCCGCCCGCACCUCGAGCUGCUGGCGAACAUCGACCCCAGUCCAGACGCGCCGCCCCCGACGUGGGACCAGCUAGAGAAGGGCCUGGUGGCGGUGAAAACGGUGGUGCACGGCCUGGUGGACUUCAUCCAGAACCACAGCAAGAAGGGCGCCGACCAGCAGCAGCCUCCACAGCACAGCAAGUAUAAGACCUACAUGUGCCGGGACAUGAAGCAGAAAGGGGGGUGUCCGCGGGGCGCCAGCUGCACCUUCGCCCACUCUCAGGAGGAGCUGGAGAAGUACCGCAAGAUGAACAAGCGCCUGGCCGCCCGCCGCCCCCUCAGCCAGUCGCUCACCCAGCUGAACGAGGAGGGCGUGCCCUGCUCGCCGGGGCUGCUGCCCGAGGACGCCGUCGCCCUGGAGGGCCUCGCCCGCAAGCCCAACGGCAUCGCGGUGGCAGGGCCUGGCUCCGCCCUCACGCCGCUGAUCUCACGAGGCACGGACUCCGCCUACGACACGGCCCGCAAGCCCAUUAAGAUGGAGACAGUGAGCCCGAACGGACCAGGAUCGCCUCCCGACCCUCUGGAUCCUGUUUCCAAAACUGCGAUGCCUCUGAACCCCCACAUGGUGUCCCACCCCAGGAUAGCAGGGGAUCACCUUCCCACAGCUAAACAGAUGCCCCUGGUUAAUAGGGGCCCACAGAUGUACCCACAGCAACAGCCCGAAAUGUUCUACCCUGAACCCCGGCCAGCAGCAUCAGCGUCCCAAUACCCAGCAGGUAACCCUUACAGCUACCAUCCUCCCCAGUACGUACCGCAGCGAUACGUCCGCAACGCGCCCCCACCGAAUGAGCCAGGCAUGCCCCCCUACCAGGACCCGUACCCUGGCUACGUCCCGGAACGCCCGUACACCGGCCCCCAGUUCUCCCCCGCAGCGCAGCACGUGUACCCCUCUCAUUACGACGGCCGGCGCCACGCCCCCUACGGCACUCCGCCCCCUCCCCAGCCCUUUCCCCCUCGGGACGAGCUGGUCCGGAUGAGCCCCGUGCCCGUGGACGUCCCCCCUCCGCCCCCGCCGCCAGUGGCAGGAUCCCCGUACCACCCCGAAUCGUCCCGGGACAGAUACGCCCCCGAGGGCUACUGCCCCGUCACACCGCACCACGGGCAGCGAUCCUACAUCAGAGACCUGUACAGUCGCUCCCAGCCCAGUCUGGACUACCUGCACCGCAGGCGCAAGGAGAUAAUGGCCCAGCUGGAGGAGCGGAAGGUGAUCUCCCCCCCGCCCUUCGCCCCCUCUCCCACACUGCCCCGCACCUUCCCGGCAGAGUACCCCCAGGAGCAGUACAUGGAGGAUAACUUGAAGGCCUUUGAGAAGUGUCGUGAGCCGGACUACGCUGGUCAGUACUCCCCGUGGUCAUGUGACACCAUUGGCUCUUACAUGGUCACCAAGGAUGUGAAACCCAAAGAUGUCAUGGCAACGGGUGCCAUGGAGAUGAAUGUAGAUGGGAAAAGCCUGCGGGAACCCCGGUUGGACACACCCCGCCGAUCCGCAGAGGCGAAAGACGAUGACCCCAUCAUCCCUUUCGGCUCGCUGCCGACGGUGUCCCGCUUCGGGGCCAUUUCCCGCACUUCCAAAACCGGCUACCAGCCCGCCUGCCCCAUACAGGCCAUGGCCCCCACCCAGGGGUCCGGCACCAAACACAUGGCUGUGCCAGCAGAGUACACCUACGGAAACCAUGCAGGCUGGAGUGGGGGCUCGUACCCUCCGCAUCAGACCACGCCCUCUCAGGGACACUUCAGCGAGCGAUUGCCCAUGCCUGCCCCAGACAGGGAGCAGCUGAAGAUGGAGCUGCAGCAGGUCAACCAGCAGAUCAACCAGCACACUCAGAUCCACAGCAUGGAGGCUGCUAGCAAUACCCUGCUGCGGCACAGAGACCCCGGUGGGCUGGCUGGCCCGUCCGGCCCCAAAUGGCCAGCAGGGGGCGUCUCCAGUGAGCAGCUGAGCCUGGAGUUGCACCAUGUGGAGAGAGAGAUUGGCAAGAGGACCCGGGAGAUCGCUAUGGAGAGUCAGGUGCAACACGAGAUCCAGUACAAGCUGAAUGUGACAGAGAAUGGUCAGUCGGACCACGCGGUCCAGCUGAAAGCGACAGAGAACGGGCAGUCUGACCACACGGUCCAGCUGGAUGACCUGACUCUGGCACUGAGUGGGUCGUCUAAUGGUUCCAGCAGUAGUCUGGUUCAGGAUGGCAGCAUGCUGUCUUUGACCAGUAAGGCCUCCUCUCUCAGCCUGUCAUCCGAUUCGCCACCGAGCAGCUCAGACCUGCAGAAGAACGGUGUGGUCCACUCCUGCUCUUAGACCCCCCACUUCCAUUUCUGAUGCUGUGAUACAGUGGGUCACCACAGCCAAUGAGAUACACAUAGAAGGGCAGAGGAAUCAAGUGACUCCGCCCUCCCCUGCUGUGUAGGUCUGGGUGGGUGGAGUCACUUUCUCUAUAUGCUCCUCCCACUUGAAAACUGAAAUUUGUCCUUAAUUAAAUUAUAAUCCUGAGGUGGGGAGGAGGAAGACC